ACGCCAGCAUCUCUUCGUUGACACAGCAGGAACUCAGACAUGCCCGUAUCAAGGAUAAUACAGACGAGGACAGCCACAAUCCGACCAUCGCAGAGCCAUCCUCUGCCUCAGCAUCAUCAACGCCCUCAACAUCUUCAACAUCCCCGCUGCUUUCCAUCUCAUCAGCAACAUCCACUUCGCCAGACCAGCUGGUAUGCCCGGUCUCGAAAAAGACGGCCGCAUCAGGCGGUGUAUGCCCUGCAGCCAUGUUUGCACAGGUUCGAGCCAACACUGCCUCUGCCUCCGCUGCUUCUACUGGGUCAGAAAAAUCCGAUAGCAUUCAAUCGGGCAUCAAGACCGAGGAUCAGCAAAUUGGCACCACUGGACCCAGCUCACGGAGUUCCAAUGAAGCCGAGGAGACUGCACCCUUGAGUCCCACCACGUCCAUUCAAAGGCGCGCCAUGACGGAGCCAGUACCAGCUGUAGCUGCAUCAACAGCAGACGCAUCCGCGGCUUCGUCUCCCUCAACCACGACGCGCAUCGGUCAGACUAUUGCAUCACAUUUCACGGCGCUCAAAAGCAGUUUGGCAGCCGCGUCUGCGCGUGCAACGACAUUGGCGCUCUCUGGCGGCUCUACAUCUUCUCCUGAUCGAUCCGAUCCAUCGACCUCCGCUAAUCCCAACGCAGUCGUGGUCAGAGAUCCUGUCACGAAUCAGUCCUUUACAGUGCUCUGCCCUCACAUGGCAUCGACUCAAGUACUCGAGACUGAAAUCGUGCGCCUACAGACGGAUGUCUCGGUCCUUCACGAAAGACUUGAUCUGUUGCAGGAGUCGCUCAAGGUUACAUCCCAAACUCGGGAGCAGGAACGGCGUUCGCCUCGUGGGAUUCUAAAGUUGGUACUGCGGCAAGGAUUGAUCAAUGCGGUGUUGUUGCUGAUUGUGUUUGCGGUGUUGUAUAAGCGCAAGUCACCGAUCGCGUUUGCGAUCUUGGCAUAUAUCGGACAAGGUAGAAAGGAGGGUGAAGCAAGCUGGAGAGCGCUUAUGAGAUGGAGUGCGGAUUUGAUUAGGACUGGGCAAAGAAAUCAGCAAAACAUGCUUAGAGCUGGGCGUAGGAAUGGUUACUGGUAAUAAUAAAGUGUUAUCAUUAGGGUAUGUCUCCAUCAAUCAUUCCAUGGCUCGAUGGUUCAGUAGUUCAUUUUUUUAUUGCCUUGCAACGCGCUUGAAAGCACCAAGG